GCGCUACCUCUCUCCAUGCCAUUUACGUCCUGACCACUGUUGAUUUUCCUUGGUCUUUCUUAGCAACCGUCAGCUAUCUAUUAUCGUUUACGCAGAGUAUCCCGACCCAUACAACCUCCAGAUUUCCUACUAAAGCAAGUACCUACGUCCCUUCUCUCGACAUGUCUUCUCUUCCCUCCUUUUUUCUUUUUUCUUUUUCUUCUCUCUCCACCAACCAAUCCAACAGCCAAACCUCCCACACCAAAAAAAAGAAAAGACCAAACCAAGUAUCAACCAGAUCGCCAAUUCCCCUUUCCCCAGCAAUCUCAAAUUUCCACCCAGAACAUCUCCAAGCGCGCAUGUAUCCCCACCUCAUCCAAACACAUACGCAUUUCCCUUACACAGAACACAAACACAUGACAACCGCCGUACAUACCAUCCCACAGCGUACCUCCCAGCACAUCCCCGAAUCACGACAACCACAACCACUAGCCGGGUACAUCUGCCGUCGAACCGUAUCAAAUCCCUAUCUAGCAUCCCCAGCCCCCGCCAACUCCACCCCGCCAUGCACAGUCCACAGUGCACCAUGCAUAACCCCCUCCCAUGCAGCUCGCUCUUUUCCGACGGGCAUCUGUGUCUGUGUGCAACCCUUGCUCAAACCCAAACCCCAAAUUCUAAAGCUCGCCCCAUCGUGUGACCCACCCUCUCAGUUAGUCGAAAUACGAAGAAUGGAGGAGGUGCAGCAAAAUCCUGCCCCAGCUUGACAACUACGUCUAAGUUUAGUGUAGGAGUAAGGUGCUUAAACUAUCAGCAGUAUACACCUAGCAUGUACU